AUGGAUGAUCGUUCCAAGCCGGGUGGAAUUGCUGAUGGUGUCCUGCAUGAUCGUGGUAAACCGCCUGAAUCGCUCAAGGAUUUUACGAAUGUUCCGUUAAGUGUAGAUGGUGCUGAAUACUUGAAUGAACCGGUGGUUGAGGAAUUGUCUACACCUGGUACAGCUCCAAUUCGUGGAAUUGGACUACGUGUAACUAAUAUUGAAGGUAACCCUUUGCUUCCUAGAAGAGGUAUGUUUUCCACGUCGAAUGCAUCGGUUUUGGAUGGGUUGAUGAGUAUUUCUAAACCUGUGGAAAACUUGUUUGCUGCUGGAGCAUCUUCGUCGUCGACUAGCAAGGAUGAUACUGCUGAGACGAGUGAGAAACAGGAUGGGUGUGAUGUGGUCCUUUCUAGGGAAUCGGUCAGAGUAGUGCAUAAUAAGCUUGCUAACACGCUAUAUGGGUACUUCUUGGGGGAUCGGGUUGCUUUUCCCGUGGUGGACUAUUUUGUUAGAAAUAAUUGGAAGCGGUAUGGAUUGCAGAAGUCGAUGAUGAAUGCCAACGGCUUUUUCUUCUUCAAGUUUGCUGAUCAAGCAGGUAUGCAAAAGGUUCUUACUGAGGGGCCAUGGAUUAUUCGUUCACAGCCGUUAUUCUUAGAAGUGUGGUCGCCAUCGUUAAAGCUUGAGAAAAAAGAAGUGAAAAAGGUUCAGGUUUGGGUAAAAUUCCAUGAGGUUCCUCUAGCGGCGUAUACGGAGGAUGGUUUAAGUCUAAUUGCUACAACUAUUGGUGUGCCAAAGGCUUUGGAUUCGUUCACCACGUCUAUGUGCGUUGAUGUGUGGGGUAGAAGCAGCUACGCUCGGGCUCUGGUAGAAAUUUCAGCAGAUUCUGAACUGAAAGAAGAGUUAACGAUUGCGGUUCCUUGUCUUGAUGGGGAUGGGUUUGUAAAGGAGAAGGUCUACGUUGAAUAUGAAUGGUGUCCUCAUAGGUGUGGCCGAUGCUGUGUUUUCGGGCACACCCAUGAGAAUUGUCCUCUGCAGGCUCCUAGAGUGUCAAAAGAUAAAAAACAACAACAUAAGGGUCCGGGUUAUGAUAGAAAGAUGAAGCAGCCGGUUCAGGAUCCUGGUCCGUCAAAGAGGCAACCUACUGUGGACGACGAUGGGUAUACUACUGUGCUAGGGAAGAAGGCAGCGAAAAAGGUGGGAUUUAAUGUCAAUAAACCGAAGCCAAAAUUUGAAUAUCGUCCAGUUUCUACUAAUCGGAAAGAUAACGGGAAGUCUAAAUCGGAAUCAACUAAUGUGGUGUCUCGAAAUCCUUUUGAUGUUUUGAAUGAAGUGAAUGAGGAGCAAGGCCAAAGAAGUAAAUCGGCUGGAGAUGGUAAUGAGGACUCGGAUGAAGACGAGGUGAUGGAAGGUUAUUGUGAGAUGGAUUAUUUUCUCAGGGAAGGGACGCACAAAGUUCAAGGGGCAAGCACUCCUUCUCCAGUUGUUUCCAAUGCGAAUUAUUAUGUUACUCGAAGGGAAUUAUGGUAUCAUUUGUCUAAGCAUAAGGUGCUUGUGGGUAAUAAUCCUUGGGUUAUCUUGGGCGAUUUCAACUCAGCUCUCAAUCUUGAUGAUAAGUCUAUGGGAGUGUCUAACAUAUCGGCUGGUAUGAGAGAGUUUCAAGAUUGUAUUUCGGAAAUAGAAGUGUUCGACAUAAAUAGCUCAGGUUUGCAUUACACAUGGAGUCAAAAACCAAAAAAGGGAGCUGGCUUGUUAAAAAAAAUUGAUAGAGUUUUGGGUAACACUCCGUUUGUUGAUUUGUUUCCCAAUUCGGUGGCUUUUUUUCAUCCGUACCGUCUUUCUGAUCAUUGUCCGUGUUUGUUAAAGAUCCCAAAGCCGGGUAAAAGUAAACAUAGACCGUUCAAGUUCGCAAAUUUUCUGGUUUAUAAACCGGGUUUUUUGGAGACUGUUAAAAAGGCGUGGGAUACUAAUAUUGAAGGGGUAUUCCAAUUUCGAGUGGUGAAAAAACUCAGAUUGUUAAAAAAUCCGCUUCGUGCUUUAUUGUUCCAACAGGGUAACUUGCAUAAGAAAGUGGAGGUGCUUCGUUCGAAGCUGGAUGCGAUUCAGCGGGAUAUAGAUAGUAGUCCGUUAAAUGUUGUUCUUUGCGAUCAAGAGAUAAAGAUUUCUGCUGAAUUUCAAGAGGCUUGUCUAGAUGAAGAGCGUUUCCUAAAACAAAAAUCUAAAGUGGAUUGCCUUCGAGCGGGGGAUGCCAAUACGGCUUUCUUUCAUGCAUCCUUGAAGUGCAGAAAUCAUUCGACUCGUAUUGAUGUUAUUACAAACUCAGAAGGGGUUAUGUUUGAGGGUGAAAAUGUCUCUAAGGCGAUUGUCACUCAUUAUGAAAAAUUUCUCGGUAGUGAAGAUGCUAUAGCCAUUCGGCCAACGCAGGAGCUUUUCUCGAAAAGGUUGAAUGACGAUGAUGCAUUGCAUAUGAUUCGUUCGGUGACGAGCCAAGAGGUUAAGCUAGCUAUGUUCUCCAUUGGGAACGAUAAAGCCCCUGGUCCAGAUGGGUUUUCAGCCGCUUUUUUCAAGAGUGCUUGGGAUAUUAUUGGUCUUGAUGUUUCGAAUGCCAUAAUUGAUUUCUUCAAUACGGGUAAGCUUCUUCGGGAGUUGAAUAACACUCUUAUUGUUCUUAUUCCAAAGAAGGCCACCCCUUAUUCAGUUACGGACUAUCGGCCCAUUGCUUGUUGCAAUGUUAUCUAUAAAUGUAUUAGCAAGAUUGUGGCGGAUCGUAUUAAAGGCUCUUUGAACCAAAUUGUAAGCAUCAACCAGUCGGCUUUUAUCCCGGGACGGAAGAUAUCUGACAACAUUUUGCUCACUCAGGAGCUGAUGCACAACUAUCAUAGAAGCUAUGGUCCGCCUAGAUGUGCUUUUAAAGUUGAUAUUCAAAAAGCUUAUGACACGGUUCAUUGGGGUUUUCUCAAGGACGUGCUCGUUGGGUUUGGCUUCAAUCCGAAGAUGGUGGAGUGGAUUAUGAUUUGUGUGUCUACCCCUUCAUAUUCUCUAUGUGUUAAUGGGGAAGUGCAUGGUUAUUUCAGGGGAAGACGUGGUUUGCGGCAAGGAGAUCCACUUUCUCCUUAUCUUUUCACGCUUGUCAUGGAAAUCCUAACUUGUAUUCUUCAGCAUGGUUCGAGGCUGGGUUCUUCGUUUAAGUUUCACAACAGGUGUGAAAAGCAGCGUAUUAUUAACCUCUGUUUUGCAGAUGACCUGUUCCUUUUUGCUCGAGGCGAUGUUCAUUCGGCUAGCUUCAUCAUGGAAUCGCUUACACAAUUCACGAACAUGUCUGGUUUGGUUCCGAGUAUUCAAAAGAGCACUGCUUUUUUCUGUAAUGUCUCCGAUCUUGUCAAAGAGGCCAUCUUGAAUGUUUUGCCGUUCGAGGAGGGAUCUUUACCGGUUAGAUAUUUAGGGGUCCCUCUAAUUUCAACCAGACUCUUAGCGAAAGAUUGUAAUGUUUUGGUUGAGAGGAUGGAGAAACGCAUAGCUAAUUGGAAAAACAAGCUUCUUUCGUUUGCAGGGAGAUUACAACUUAUUAUCUUUGUUUUGGCUGCUUUGCAUGUGUAUUGGUCAUCCGUUUUCAUUUUACCAGCUAGCAUCAUUAAAGAUUUGGAGGCUAAAAUGCGGAAUUUCUUAUGGUCUCAAGAAGCUUCCUUUCACAGAGGGAAAGCUAAAGUUUCUUGGAGUUCUAUUUGUGUCCCAAAGUAUGAAGGUGGGCUUGGUAUUCGUAGAGUGGGAGAUGUAAACAAGGCGCUUAUGGCGUCUCAUGCCUGGAGUAUUCUGAACAAGAGGGAUUCGUUAUGGGUUGCUUGGAUUUACUCGUAUAGAUUAAAGCACCACAAUUUCUGGACGUGUAGAGAAGGGUCGAAUUGUAGUUGGUCAUGGAGGAAGCUUCUGCAUAUCAGACCGUUAUUGAGAAGUCACAUCUGGUCGAAGUUGGGGAAUGGGAAUGAUACUUCAGCCUGGUACGACUUAUGGAGUCAGCUUGGGCCUCUCGCCAACCUUAUUUCGGCUCGUGUGAUCACUAAUGCAGGGUUUAGGCUUAAUGAUAAAGUUGCGGAUGUUUUUCUAGACACCUCCUGGGCGUGGCCGGAGGAGUGGAGGUCUCGGUUCCCUAUGUUAGAUCAGCUUGACAAUAUUCGUUUGAAUCCGAAUAGUACUGACAGGUUAUGUUGGAAGGAAGGUGAUGUUACGCAUGAUUUUUCGUCCUCUAUAGCUUGGCAUUCGGUUCGGUCUAGGGAGCAAGAAAUAGAUUGGGUUAAUUUAGUGUGGUUUCCUCAAUGUAUUCCCAGACACGCGUUCUUAAUGUGGCUUAUCAUGCGUCGGAAGCUUCUGACACAAGAUAUUAUUCUUCAGUGGGAUAUAUCUAGGAGGAAAAAUAUGAACAUGAUGUGCUGUCUGCUUUGUUACGAAAAUGUCGAUUCCCAUGAGCACCUUUUCUUUGAAUGUAGUUUUUCUUCUAAAAUUUGGCUCAUGGUUCGAGAGAAGGCGGGUAUGGCUAGAGUGGAUCCGAAGUGGAGCUCGAUUAUUGGCUGGCUAAAGGCUCGAGGGAGUUCGAAAUCCGCAGCUUUAUAUGUUAGUAAACUCUUGGUUGGAGCGACCGCUUAUGUGAUUUGGCAAGAGCGAAACGCGAGAUUAUUUAGAAAUCAAACGAGACCUCCGGAUACUAUACGUGAUACAAUUCUGAAAACCAUCCGAUACAAACUCAUGGGCGCUAAAUUCAGGCAAUGCAUCAAUGUUACUAGAUUGCGAGACGAAUGGGGGAUUGCGGAGGAAACCGUGAACGACGAUGGAGGCUAA